CUCCUCCUCGUACCAUUCUCUACGUUACGUCAAAUUCAGCUCGAAUUCCCAUAUAUCCUUUGACUCUUAGAACACACAGAUGGCACAUGAAGAACUCUCGCUGUUUCACUCACUCCCACGCAUGCACAUUUUUCUCAUCACUUUCCUCUUUCCUUUUCAGAAUCAGUCAAAACCCAAUCACAAGGUUCCUUCCCUCAAAUAUCACACUCUCCGUGUUCCCUCUUUUCCUCUCUCUCUCUCUCUCUCUCUCUCUCUCUCUCUAUAUAUAUAUAUAUAUAGCUUUCCUCUUUCUUCCAACGCUCAAACACUUUUGUAUCGUAAAGCUUAGUUCUCACCUUCCAUGCCAAAACCCUUUCCCACUCUCAUUCUCUAGUCCGCCUUCAUUUCAAGGAAAACCUUAUGUUUCAUUUUUAGCAUCAUAAUAUGUUUACUUCGAAUAAUUUCUCCCAUGAUCCACGUUCAGUUUUUUUGGACACGUCAUCACUAGCAUUUUCCAAGGAGCUGCGGCUGGCGGUGCGCCACCCGAAGAAGCGAGCGGGGAGGAAGAAGUUCCGGGAGACACGCCACCCGGUGUACCGGGGCGUGAGGAGGAGGAGCUCAGACAAGUGGGUGUGUGAGGUGAGAGAGCCUAAAAAGAAGACUAGAAUUUGGUUAGGGACUUUUCCCACGGCGGAGAUGGCGGCGCGGGCCCACGAUGUGGCAGCAAUGGCCCUACGGGGCAGGUAUGCUUAUCUAAAUUUUGCCGACUCGGCAUGGCGGUUGCCGAUUCCCGCCACCGCCGAGGCUAAAGAUAUCCAAAAGGCAGCCGCACAGGCUGCCGAAACUUUUAGGCCAAGUCAGACUUUAAACAAUGGUGACAUUAAGAAAGAGAGUGUUGAGGUGGCGGUGACGAAGGCAGGGGAGGGUGUGUUUUAUAUGGAGGAAGAAGAAGAGGAAGUGUUGGAGAUGCCUGAGUUGCUUAGGAAUAUGGUGCUUAUGUCCCCUACUCAUUGCUUAGGGUUUGAGUAUGAAGAUGCUGACUUGGAUGCUCAAGAUGCUGAGGUGUCACUAUGGAGUUUUUCAAUUUAGUAGUGUGUUUGGUUUGUUCUUUUCUUUUUUUUUUAUGUUAGUUUUGUGUUGGACAGUGUCUGUACUGUGUUUUUGUUAGUAGUACGGAUACUAAAGGAAAUUUUCUUUUGUUACCUUUAUUUGUAAAUGUAAUAUCAAGUGCAUCACUUCAGAAUUAUGUAUAAAUAAAAGAAAAAUCUAAUUUUGGGUUGUGAAUAUGUAAGGCAACAAAGGGGAAGAACUGAAGAAGAAUAGGAUAUACUCCUUUACAAAGGGGAACAACAAACCUAGGAUUUAGAAUAAUAGUAGACCACUAGAUCUUCUUUCUGUAAGGUACUAGGUGCCUAUCAACAAGCGAGGACCACACUUUUUUCCAUGUGGAUUAAUAUGUUUAUGUUGAAGAAAGCUAAUAAGAAGUGGGGGUCCAUGUCCUCAUGUUAGUUAGUUGGAUUGGGUCAACCUAUUCAAUUCGAAGUAGUUAACCUUCCAAACAGUGGUUGAAGUCUUCACUGGUUGAAUUAUAUAUAUUUAAAUUGACUCCUGCCCUUCU